ACACUUUCCUCGACAUUGGUCAAUCAAUCUUCCUUCACGCUCGACGGCCGGAUUCUUUGCGUGAACGCCAGCUCGAUUAGUCUCAGAGUAUACAAUGUCGAUAAACGCAUCCGCGAGUUGAGCGGGAAUCAAAAUGAUCGCGCUGGUUGGCCCUUUGUCGAGAUCUUGCGUCGCGGUGGUUAAUGCAUGCCAGUUCAGGAGCGCAGAAAGCAUAUGAGCACGAUCCACCUUGAUACUGGUACAAUUACACCAAGAAAUCACCUCAGGCGAUCUAGGAUCGAGCGGAGUGUUUUCUAAGGCCCUUCAGAACAAUUUAUCAUCUGCACCAUCUUUCAUGCCAUACAGAAACCUCGCCGAGUGGGCCGCCAUCCACCCGGGCUCCUCGCAGUCGUCGUCGCGAACACCGAGCUCCAAUGGUACCCUUUUCCUUGAAGACGUCAAGGCUUACAUCAGGAGAUUCGUGACGCGGGAGUUACCGGGCACAGUCCCUUACGACGCCAAGGUGGUGCUCUUCACGAAGGAGCACGCCCGGUGGCUCAAUGACGUGGUCCGUUACGUUCAGAAUCAAGGGCAACUAGUGUAUGCUCUCAUCAAGCGUCUCUUGGAUGACACACCCCUUCUCUAUCCAGAGCUGGCGGAUUCAGUACGACGGAUGCUCCACACGCUCAGUCACGACCUCCUUCAACAGUGUAUGUCGAUUAUUGCAGAUCAGAUGGAAAAGGAGAGAUUCCCUUUCGUAGGGGACCGCGAUUAUUACAUCGAGUGCGUGCGCAAAUACCGUAUGGUCUAUGAAAUGCACCCCGUCCCUGAUUACGAGACUGAGCUGAAACUUAUGGCGGAGGGACAGGCGUAUAUUGACAUAGCAUCAGCGCGAGUAUACGAAAUGGUGACCUCGACUCUCCACAAUAGCUUUUUGCUACGUCUGAGCAGUGUCAUUGAGCAAUGUGUCAUGGGCGACGAUGGUCAACUGGUUCACUGCGUCACCGAGCCAGAGACCACGCAGCAGCCUUGAUUGCUACUAUACUAUCAGUUCACCGUGCGUCAGGUUGAUACAGUUUAGAAUGCCCAUUACAAUGUACUUGUAUUCACGAAUCAUACACAAUGUUCCGUUCGACUCCCGUUGAUGUUCGCUACGUGCUCUCGAUGCGAA